CUGUAAUACACUUCUGAGAAGCAUUUGAGUUAUGGGAGGUGAUAUUCUUGUAAAAAUCUGCACUUUCCAGUAUUAAAAAAGUCAAUCCAGUCCAGUAUUUAGAGCUGACAUUGCACAGUAUCAAGAAAGCUGGUAUUAAAUAAACGUGAUCCAUUUCCAAGGCAGUUAUCAGGGAGAUUAUCACUGCUGGGCACUGCUAGAUGGUAACAUGGACUUAGUGUUUUUAUCACUAAUCUGGAAGAAAGGAGAUGGAAAUGACUUCUGGAAAAACCUGGAUCUGACCCAGAGCAGCUGAGUGUUAAUGGUUUGCACAAAUCCGGGUGGUAAGCUGAGCGAGCAAAAGGCGUCCUAACUGGAGCAGAAUGGAACAUGGAAAUCUUUUACACCCAAAAAUAAUAACUGUGGCUGUACGUGGUUUCCUGUCCCUAAUCUGGACGGUAAAUUUUCAGCUGGAGCUGCCUGCAGAUGCUGGGAGAGGCAGCACAGGGCAAUUUGCGGGGGCGGUGGCUGUGUGUCUGUCCCCAUUUCUGCACUGGAGAACUGAAAAUUUUCAGGAUAAUGUGAAAUUUGUCUUUGGGCGGAAAAAAAAAAAGUUGGAGCUAUUUGCAUUUCUGGUCAGAACCAACUUUGGGCUUAUGGCAGCCAAAUCCAAUCUUUCCUUCUCAGCAGAAGAGAUGUGGAAUCUGAGGGGAAGGGACCAGGGGGUGCAGAAAGGCUUUUACAGCUGGAGAGGAGGGGGCCAUCCAUAAAUCCAUAAGUCCACUCAUAAAUCAAAUCAAAGAGGAAAGAGGAAGGCUUGGCAAAAGCAUCUAAACACUCUGGCAGAGGAGAAAAUACAUGGUAGCCAAAAGCUCGUUAAUUGAGCAGAGAAAAGAUGGCAAGAAUCAAUAUCUGGCAGCUGAGGGCAGACACAUUGGAAAUAAGGCAUAAAUAUUUUACCAGGAGGAGCGAUUAAUCAUCAGAAGAAACGUGGAGCAGCAGAGGUGGGGUCAGCACCUCGUUGCCUUUUGCAUCACAACCUGCAGAGUUUCUCCCACAGCCCCGAGGCUGGGCCAGCAAGAGGGACUGGAUCAAACCACACCGAGGCCCUGAUUAGGUGAUUUAAUUAGAGGAUGAUGCAUUUAUCUUUCAUCGCAGUGGAGCCCUGGAGAAGAGUAGUUCUUGUGCCCUGAUGGCUCUUUCUUAGGAACACCUGUGAAAUCCCUGGUGGCACUUGGUGGGUUCUUCUUUUACCUUUGUCUCUUGGUCACCAGUGGUUGUAUUCUUGCAGAUCUGUGCUGGGAAGGUGAGGGGACAGUGCUUGGUGGCUUUUCUUGAUGUCCAGAACAGACUGAGAUUCGGGAAAACAAAUCUUAGUGAGCAUCCCAGCGUGCUGUGGCUGCUGGGGGAAGGAGCUGCUCCAGGGCUUGCUUGUCCACCUGUGGGUCAGAGCAUCCCCAGCCUGGCAUCCUUGGGGACGUGUGUGCUUAGGAGAAAGAGAUAAAGGUCACAGGGCUGUGGCUGGUUCCAUCUCCUCCCCUUCUCCUUUCCUUUCUUUUCCUCCUGCUUCCUCUCCUCUUCUCUCCUUCCUCCUGCUGUUCUCUCCCGGUCUCCCAUGCGUUUGGGUCGGUGCUGUUGGUUAUAAGGGGAACAGAUGUGGUUCAGUAGCCCAUGUGCAAACAUCAGGACCGUGUUGCAGAACCUCUGAGCCUUCCAAACCCAGCACACUCGAGCAGCUGACGUCUGUGAGCAGCCCAGGACCUCUCCUCCUCUUCCUCUCUCAGACACCUGCCCAGGAUGAUGCACAACGAAGAGCAAAGAUUGUUUUGAGAAGGAGGAUAAAUGGAAGGGAAAAAGGCACGUGAGAAGGAUGGCAAGCUGUGCUUCAUGAGCACCUCCCGCACCAUGUUUUACGGGCCGGCCUCGGCCGCGGCGCCGCCGUCCAAGAGCCGCCUGAAGCGGCAGAGCCGCCUGUUCUCGCAGGUGCUGUACCGCACGCUCAGCUACAAGGACCGCGGCUCCGCCUGCCCGCCGCCCGCCGAGGACGACCCGGCCGAGCUCUCCACCCAGCUCUCGGCCCCCGGCAUCCUCAAAAUCUUCGGGGGCAACAUCUGCGCGGGCACCAACUACAAGAGCGUGCUGGUGACGGGCAGCUCGGGGGCGCGGGAGCUGGUGAAGGAGGCGCUGGAGCGCUACGGGCUGAGCCAGCUCAGCGCCGCGCAGUACGCGCUCUGCGAUGUCAUCGGCCGCUUCCAGGGCCCCGAGAAGCAGUGGCACACCGAGGGGCUCAGGGUGCUGGGCGACCACGAGAAGCCGCUGCUCAUCCAGGACCUCUGGAAGCCCAGGGAGGGCUUCUCGCGCCGGCUGGAGCUGCGCAGGAGGGCGGAGGUGGAGGAGAUGGCGGCCAGGGAUGUGGACACCACCACUGCAGGUCAGAGCUGGGCGUGGGUGCAGCCCCAGGAGCCUCUCACACUCUCAGCUUUCACACGUGGUUGGGGUGCGGGGGGUGCUAGUCUUGGUGGUCUUGCCCGCGGCAGCAGCAUGCGGUACUCCCUCUACCAGUCCCCGCACCUCCUGCUCCUGCAGGGCUACAGCCAGCAGCAUGACAGCUUGGUUUACCUGCUAAACCGCGAGCAGCACACGGUGGGCCAGAGGACGCAGGCGAGCAAGCCCAGCAUCAGCCUGUCAGCCCCCGACAUCCUGCCCCUGCACUGCACCAUCAGGAAGCUGCGCCCUUCCCGGCACCGCUCGGAGGAGAAGCUGGUGCUGGAGCCCAUCGCCGGCGCCGGCGUCUCCGUCAACUUCGCCGAGGUGGCGCGGACGGUGGUGCUGCGGCACGGGGACCUGCUGUCCCUCGGCCUCUACUACCUGCUGCUCUACAAGGACCCCAUGAAGGCGCAGCCGCUGCCGGCGCAGACCCUGCUGCGGCUGCGGGCCCUGCACCCCGAGGGGCCGCACGUGUGCGGGGCGUGCGGCAGCCUGCUGAAGGACAGGGACCCCGCUGCCAAAAAGCGCGGCCCCUCGCCCGCCGGCGGCCCCAGGACUCCCCGCAGGAGGCUGCAGCUGGAGUUCGAGCCCGCGGCCGAGGAUGUGCUGCUGCGGCGCAUCAUGACCCUGAUCGAGCCCGGCGGGGACGACCACAAGCUGACACCCGCCUUCCUGCUCUGCCUCUGCAUCCAGCACUCGGCCACCAACUUUGAGCCAGGAGACUUCGGGCAGCUGCUGCUCAAAGUGGCCAAAAUGAUCCAGAGGACGGUGUGGGAGCGGACACGGGAGCUGGCUGAAAAGCAAUCCCAGCACCAGGACCCUGCCACCCUGUCCCGCUUCACCAUCACAGACCUUCUCCCAGACCUGCAGCACAUCAUCUUCUGGAUGGCCAAUGCCAUCGAGAUCCUCUACUUUGUGCAGCAGAAAUCACCCACCUACAUCCAGAGCAUGGAGGAAGAGCUGGACAUCAAAGGCUCCAAGGAGUCUCUGUUCUCCUCGACCAUCACGGCCAGCGAGGAGGCGAUGACGGUGCUGGAGGAGGUGAUCAUGUACACCUUCCAGCAGUGUGUCUACUACAUCUCCAAGUGUCUGUACGUGUCGCUCCCUGCCCUGCUGGAGUGCAACCCCUUCCAGAGUGAGAGCCAGGAGGGCUGGCGGGGCACGCCGCCGCUGCCCGAGGAGCUCCGCAGGGUCGUGCUCAUCUACCAGGCUGUGCUGGACCUGCUCCACCAGUACGAAGUGCACCCCGAGAUCACCUCCCAGAUGUUCGCCUACCUCUUCUUCUUCUCCAAUACCCUGCUCUUCAACCAGCUCCUGGAUAAGGGCUCCUCUCUGGGCUGCUACCACUGGUCUCAGGGGGUGAAGCUGCGGGCCAGCGUGCGGCUGCUCCUGGACUGGCUGUGCAGCGCUGGCUUCGAGCAGCUCUCCCAGCAGUUCUUCGCCAAACUCGCCAGCGUGGCCAACCUGCUGGCCAUGCCCGGCUCCCAGCUGGUGCAGAUGACCUGGCCAUCCUUGCGAGCCGAGUUCCCAGCGCUGAGCCCUGCACAGCUGCACCGGGUGCUGAGCCAGUGCCAGGCAGUGAUGGACGUGGGCUGCAUCUCAGUAUGGCAGCCCAGUGAGGAGGAGACCCCAGCCACCUUCCAGCCUGAUGAGAUGCUGGAGUCCUUCGACAACCACCCACCCAUCAUCCUGCCCAGCGGGGGCUUCAAAGUGGACCUGGAGGUGGAGACGUUGGAUGACAACAUCUACAGACACCUGCUGUACAUCCGCCACUUCCUCUGGAGCCUGCAGAGCAGGAGCCCCCACAGCAGCGAGGGGCCGGGCUCAGCACUCCCAAAGAAAGAGGCAUGCACGACGCCGGAGGUGCUGGAGGUGAGCGAGGGCCCAGCUAUGGGGAGCACCAUAGCCCAGGAGGAUUACUGCUCCCUGGGCGGCUGUGCCCAGCCAGAGGGCAACCCCCAGCUCUGCCUGGCCACCAGCGAGCCCCCCGCCGGCGAGCCACAGCUCCAGGAGAAGCUGAAGCAGCUGCAGCUGGGCAGGAGCCCGGUGCCCAAGGCUGGCACGGCGCCCACGGACUCGUCCUGCCUGCUCACACCUCCCACCACCCCGCUGAACUUCGACUGCGGCGGGCCGGAGUCCCCGCAGGGCACGGGCAAGGCGCUGCAGGAGCCGCGCAGGAGCGGCAUGAACGGCGUGAGCGGCACCAAGGGCAGCGCCCCCGAAGGCUGCUCGCCGACCCCCUAUGACUACCCCACGCCGGAAUCCUCCAGCCGCAGCUCUGCCACCGACGACUUCUGUUACGUGUUCGUGGUGGAGCUGGAGAGGGGACCCAUCGGGCUGGGGAUGGGGCUGAUCGACGGCGUGCACACCCCUCUGUGCUCCCCGGGGAUCUACAUCCGCACGCUGAUCGAGGACAGCCCCGCAGCUGCCGAUGGCCGGCUCUCCAUUGGGGACCGCAUCCUGGCUGUCAACGGCACCAGCCUCAUUGGGGCAGACUACCAGAGUGCCGUGGACCUCAUCCGCUCCGGAGGGAAAAAGCUGCGGUUUCUGGUUGCUAAGUCGGACAUUGAAAUAGCCAAAAAAAUCAGUUCCAGCUCCUCUUCCUCUUAGUCCUUGUGAUACAAGGAUCCUUCUGCAGCAGCU